CCCGAGGUGGUCCCUCCGCCAUUCACUCCGAGUCUCCCCACACACGCUCAGUAGACUUCACUGUGAUCAGACGUAGGAAGUACGGUAUUGAGUGGUUAUGUUUAUGGUGGUGCUUGUCUAGAUGAAGUGGUUCAGUGUUAUGGUUUAUAGCGUGGCCAUGUGUGUGCCUUAGUGAGUUUACUAUCUGCCGAUAGAGUUAACUAACGAAAUUGUACCCGCUGAAGAGUGGUACUGGGGCGUAUUGAUCUUGUGUGAUAGUCUGUUUACAUCUGGACUCUAUGCUAAGAUGUGGCACAUUGGCAGUGCCCAGGCUCAGGGCGGCGUAGGGGAAACGGCAGUAGGAUCGGGGUUUGCCUUCGGCUCCCCUAUGUCACAAGGGAGAGACGAGGGUGCCAGGCCCAAGGUUUCAUCCCCUACUACAGACUGCAAAUCAUACUACGAUUCCCACAACGACUCGGGUUUCCUGUCUGGUUCAAACCUUGUGUCCUCCUCGAGCCUAAGUUGUGAGGAAACCUCCAGCAUGCGGUGCAAGGAAUCAACAUCCCCCCAGGAGGGCCACAGAAGCCCUGACCCCAAGACUCAGGGCAUCCCCUCUGUGGGGCAUCUCGAUUCCGGCAUCGAUAUUUCGGAUCAACUCAGCUCUCUUCACCUGGCCUCCUCUACUACCUCAUCCUCGAGCACGACGUCAGACACGCCCGAGAACGACACGAUCUCCCCCAAGAAGGUUUCGGCGCCACCACGGCGAUCUUGCCUCGAGUUGAACGAAGCUCAGUUAGCGCUCCUUCAGGAGAUAUUUCAGCGAGAUGAAGACGGAGACACUCAGCUGCACGUGGCGGUCAUGCGUGGCUUCGUCGAGGUGGUGUACCACAUCACGCGACUCCUCCCCCACCAGGCGCUGCUCGAUCUCGCCAACCACACCGGCAGGACGGCUCUGCACUUGGCCGUUUCGGCUGGCGACGCGGAGAUGGCGCGGCACCUGAUCGUGUGUGGAGCAUCACCCGUAGCGCGGGAUCGCCGGGGCAACACCCCCCUGCACACCGCUAGCGGCCACGGAGACAUCCACAUGGUGACCCAGCUUACACGUCCUGUCACCGUGGCCGAGGUCAUGCACGCCCGCCUGUCUUACGCCCCUGCACACACCGCAGGACUCCUUGCCGCUGACCUUACCAACUACGAUGGCCAGACGUGUAUCCACAUUGCGGCGCAGGCUGGGCACAAGGAGGUCCUGCAGCAUCUCACUUGGUACGGAGCCGACAUUAACGCCAAAGAAGGCAAGAGUGGUCGGACGGCACUGCACUACGCCGUAGAGGCCCGUGACGCCGACCUGGUGGAAUUCCUCACCGAAUCCUGCCGAGCGUCCCUCACCCUGGAGACCUACGCUGGACUUACCCCCUACCAGCUGGCCUUAGCCAACGGGGCGAUGGACCUGGCGCACCAGUUGCUAAAGCUCGGCGCUCCCGGGGACGCUCUCCCCACCUACCUCACCGCGGACGAAGACCUUGACUACGAUGAGGUCUCAACUGUGGUUGAGAGCUGCAAUGGAUGGGACAAUGUGGAUGACCUCAGGAUUGGAGGCGUGCCAGUGACUAUGGCUAUGCCUGUGCAAGUGAAUGACCAUCAGCCCUUCAAUGCAGAUCGUUACUUCUAAGAAAUGUUUGCGUACCCAUCAGUAGCUGGGAACUUACAACUUCUGAUGUGAUUUUUUAAGAUACCUGUAACAGGCAUCUAGUAUCAGUGACCUGAGAACCUUCACAGCGGCUGGAGUGCAGGUCCUGUUAAAUUGUUGAAUGAUGAUAUUCAGAAAAGGAUAAAGUGAAAGACCUUUUUGAAAGUAGUGUCAGUUUGAGGAAGACAUGUCUUGUUUGGAGAUAGUGUCAGUGUGUGACUUUGAGGAGUCAGGAGUAAUGCUGGUGCCUUGGACCUACCUGACCCUGUAUCAAGUGAUUGUCAACAAGGGGAGUCAUUCCCUCGCCUGCGUAUCAUCAUCAUCAAAGAAUACAUUAAGUGGAGUGGGAAGCUGUACCCAAGACAAAAUAUUGACAUUUAGACAACCUUGCAAAUUAUUCUUAGGACUUGUUUUUGAAAAGAUCUCUAUGUUGAAGAAGAAAUUGAACCCUUGCUUUAUUAAAAGUAGUGGUCAUAAUAUUAAUUUCUCAAUACAGUGUGUGUAUGAUCGUCUACCUGUGAUCUCAUAUAAAAAGGGUUGGUGUGAAGCAAGCUGGGAAAUGUGUAAAAACUAACACAGAUACCUGUGCAUUAAAUUUUGUGUUUCAUCAGUUUCCUGCAAAGGAAAUACUAGUAUACUUGUUAAUAACAUUUAUGUAGUUAAGUUGUAUUGUAUCUAACUUUGCACUUUCCAUUGAAUAUCUUAAUAAGGGUGUAAAGGAACAUUGUGAUAAUACAAAUGUCCUGUUGCAACCACAAAAUCUGGGGAACCAGAUACCUGCAGGCUGUAGCUGCACUCAUUAUUAUUAUACUGUGAGAAAUGUGUUGAACCAGACUGAUACUUGCUCCUGUCUUGCUAGUAUGAGGAAGAGAAAUUAUUAGAUGUUAUAUACACAAUGUUCUUUGUUUGGCGUUUUGAAUAGCAGCAUCAGGUUAUCUGGCUGUAGAUGUUGGAAAGUUACAGCUGCAGUCAUUGUUGUUAUCUCAAUAAUUAAAUACAGCAGUGAACUGCAGUAUUUGGUUGAGAGAAAUUUUUGAUUUGGUAAAUGUUUGAAUGUAAAGUUAUUAAUGUGCUAUAAGGUAGCAUUAAUUUUGGCACAUCCCCAAAUCAGAAAAUGUCUUAAAUAAUUAGAGACAGUGAUCUUUUGUCAAUGUUAUGUAUAUUUUUUACUAAAGAGUGAGGAAAA